CAUCAGUCUGCGGUCGUGGCGCCACGGCGUAGCGUAUGCCAGCUGGCAGUGUUCUAGCCAGUUGGUGACAAGUGGUGGGCGCGCACCCUGUGCGCGCAGUUGGUGUUUGGGGUGUCCUUUUCCUUACAAAAUUCACAUGCAGGUAUUCCGAUUUCCCCAUGUUCGACAGAUUCCACAUAUAUAUGAAACCUGAGCACUUCCAGAUUUAUGGACGAGUAUGCCAAGCACUUUGACCUCCUCCGGCACAUCGUCUUCAACUCCAAGGUCAAGCUUGCGAAGCGGAACGCCGAGGACACCAAAUGGCUGCUUGAUGUUGAGCGCGACGGCACCACGGAAACGCUCGAGUUCGAUAAGAUUGUGUUUUGCCAUAGCUACCAAACACUCGCCAACCGGAUCAACUUCGAGGGGCAAGAGUUGUUCGAAGGCACCAUCAUGGACUCCCAGGAGUACCGCCGCCCUGAUGCCUUCAAAGACAAGAAUAUCGUCGGGCGACAUCAUCCCCACUCUGGUCCCUGUAGCUGCCAAAGUCUACAUCGCGCAUCGCCGGGGAUCUCUCCCCUUUCGCUGCUACCGUAAAGGCACUCCCAACGAUCUGCAGAUCACCUAGCGGCGGAGGCAGAUGAGCCAGUUCCUGGCGCGCUACUUCCCCAACUUCACUCACCAGCUCGGCGACUUGACAAUCUAGCUUCUCGUGCGAAACAUCUUCGGCAAGCUGGAUCCGAGCUGGAAUCUUACGCCAUUCCCCAGUAUCAGUUUCGUGUUGCCGGGUAGCUACGAGGAAGUGAUCGAGCUUCUCUAAGACGGCAAGGUGGAGUUGCUGUCCGGGCUGAAGGAAUUCCUCGGCCCGCGCAGCAUCGAGUUCGAAGACGGGCGCACCAUCGACGACGUCGACGCCGCCGUCUUCUGCACGGGCUACAAGGCGGACUGGGCGAUCCCGCCCACCGCGAGCACCCCACGGCCCAAUGGCUUGUUGCAUAAGGGACCUUUGGGGGAGCGGGGACACGCAAGACUC